AUGGACGACAGAAUAUCCGAAUUGCCAAUUCCUAUACGUCACCACAUUCUCUGUUUCCUCUCCCAAAAAGAAGCUGUGAGAACUUGUCUCCUCUCCAAACAAUGGCGCCACGUAGGAUCAACCCGCCCCAACCUCGAAUUUUCUGAAAAAUGGUUCGACAACACACAAGAAAAGUUCGUCUCCGUCAUCAACCGAACCCUACAAGGAUACCGCGAUCAGAACCUCUCGAUACACAAACUCCAUCUCGACUUAUCGAGGCCCGACUCACGACCGGUCGUCUCCCUUCUCGACAAAUGGAUUCCUAUAAUAGCGGCCCUCAACAUAAAAGCUUUCAAACUCAACUUUCGUUCAUAUACGCCGCUGUAUUAUGACCUGCCCUCGGCAGUGUUCUUAGCCGAGUCCCUCGAAGAACUACACCUGAGCAAUUGCAGGCUGAGCCCGGUCGAGAGCUUGCGGUUCAAAUGUUUGCGCACACUCACCCUCAGCGUCGUCCAAUUUGAUGGUGGAACAUUCGAGAAGAUAACUUCGGGUUGCCCUUCGCUCAGGCGCCUGGUCCUUAAUUUUUGCGAGGGGUUGAGAAACGUUAGGCUGAGCGAGGCGGCGUUGCCUGGCCUCAAGUACUUUGAAUUGUGUGAUUCUGAGAUCGUAGGGCGUAGCGUCGAAAUCGAUGUCCCGAAUAUCGAGACAGUCUUUAUCUUGGGCCCAUGGAUUUGCUGCCCGACACUUGCAAGCUUGGCCCUAUAUAAUUGCUCCGGUUUCAAAGUAUUCCAUCUCGCAAGUGAUUCGGUCAAGUACUUGAACUUGACCAUCUGGACAGACGUAAUAUUGCUUGAAGGAGUUACGAUUUGUGCCCCCAACAUUGUCAAGUUUAAUUUCACUGCCCCUAUUCCCCUGGCACUGGACACAUUCUCUCUUGCGACUAAUUCCAAGAAGUGGUACUCAAGUGUAAGGCUCUCUUCAGGUGUGAAUGAUCCCGAUUUCAACGUCAAUUCGUGGUUCCUUGCAGUGAGACGAUUGCUCAAGGCAAUAAGUGGGUCUCGAAUUUCUCUGAUUCUGGAGAUGGACGGCGGCCCUCUGAACGUGCCCUGUAGUGCUGUUCUAGGUGACGAGCCGCCUGUGGUGGUGGAGAGCUUGAAUUUUUCUACUCGUAAAUGUCGCACGGCGUCUUGGUACUUGGAGUUUACCAGUGGCUUGUUUCGUGUUUGUCGACCGAGGCAUGUAGGGAGUGGUACCCUUGUCAGCGGGUCGUACUGGAAGUACAGGCUCUCGGAGUUUCAGUUAAACAUCUUGCUUGCUAACAAGAGCCUCUGGACCAAGACCUACUUUUGGCAGCAUGAUUUGGAGCAAGUGCACGUCGAUGGGAAGCUCGUGCAGUACACAAACUGGUUGGGAUUCCGAAACAGGACAUAUGAUGGGAUAGUGUGCCUUGAGUUGGAAUGGAGCGGUCAGACUUCUCGGAAUUGCGAAACAGGACGAGCUGGUGAAUUAGGCUGCAAAAAAAUUAACUUGAGAGGCUUAGAUGGCAUUCAAGGCCCCGUAUAUGUCGGCACUGGAUGUCUCUUCAACAGAACAACUUUGUAUGGAUAUGAGCCUCCUCACAAACCUAAGCAUAAGAAACCUGGUUUUCUCUCUUCCUCCUUUGACCAAUCAAAUAGGAUGGAUUUACGGUUAUGUGACAGAAGAUAUUCUGUUCUGACGGGUUUCUACAAGGGGUCGGCUCCGAUCUAUUCUUCUUCUUCUUCUUCUUCUUGUUCUUCUUCUUGUUGUUGUUGUUUUAAAGGAGAAUACCUCGGCAGCCAUGGACGACAGAAUAUCCGAAUUGCCAAUACCUAUACUUCACCACAUUCUCUGUUUCCUCUCCCAGAAAGAAGCUGUGAGAACUUGUCUCCUCUCCAAACAAUAGGAACAACCCGCCCAAACCUCGACUUCUCCGAAGAAUGGUCCCACGACACACAAGAAAAGUUUGUCUCCAUCAUCGACCGAACCCUACAAGGAUACCGUGAUCACAACCUCUCCAUACACAAACUUCAUCUCGACUUAUCCAGCCCUGAAUCACGACCGGUCGUCUCCCUUCUCGACAAAUGGAUCCCAAUAAUGGCCGCCUUCAACAUAAAACUGUUCAAACUCGACUUUCUUUCAUGUACUCCGCCGUGUUACAACCUUCCCUCGGCAGUGUUCUUAGCUGAGUCCCUCGAAGAACUACACCUGCGCAAAUGCAGGCUGAGUGCGGUCCCGCUCGAGAGCUUGCAGUUGAAACGUCUGCGAACGCUCACCCUCAAAGGGGUCAAAGUUGAUGAUGGGACUUUCGAGAAGAUAAUGUCGGGAUGCCCUUUGCUCAGGCACCUGGAAAUUUAUAGUUGUCCGGGGUUGAGAAACGUUAGGCUGAACGAGGUGGCAUCACCUGGGCUCAACCACUUUGUAUUGAAUAGUUACCAGAGGAUUGACGGGCGUAGCAUCGAAGUCGAUAUCCCGAAUCUCGAGACGGUCCGCAUCAUGGGCCCAUGGAUUUGGUGUCACCGCCAAAGCACAUUCAUGUUCUCUCGUCUCACGAGUUUGCAUCUCUAUAAAGUGAUCCUGUCGAGCGAGUCCUUCAACUUGUUAUCGUCCGGCUGCCCGACUCUUGAGCACUUGACCCUAUUUGAUUGCACCGGUUUUGAGGAAUUUCAUCUUGCAAGUGAUUCGGUUAAGUGGUUGACCAUCUCGACAAGAUAUAUACCGCUUAAAGGAGUUACGAUUUGUGCCCCCAACAUUCUCCAGUUUGAUUUCGAUGCCCCUAUUCCCCAUGCGCCAGACACAUUCUCUGUUGCGACAACUACUUCCAAGGGGUGGGAUUCAUAUGUAAGCCUCUCUUCACGUGAUGGUGAUCCCGAUUUCGACGUCAAUUUGUGGUUCCUUAAGCUGAGACGAGUGCUCGGUGCACUAAUUGGGUCUCGGAUUGAUCUGACUCUGCAGAUGAACGACUGCCCUCUGAACGUGCCGUGCAGUAAUCAUCUUCUAAGCGACCAUCCACCUGUGGUGGUGGACAACUUGGACUUCAGAACUCGUAAAUGUCGCACGGCAUCUUGGUACUCGGGAUUUACGAAUGGUUUGUUUCGUGUUUGUCGACCGAGGUAUGUAUCGGGUCAUACGCUAGUGAGCCAGUCGGACAGGAACAACCACAGACUCACAGAGUUUCAAUUCAACAUCUUGCUUGCAAAUGAGAGCCUCAGGACCGAGCCCUACUUUUGGCGGCACGAUCUGGAGCAAGUGCACGUGCACGUGAAAUCCAUCGAUAGGAAAUUAUGGCAGCCUGUGCAGUGGACGGACCUUUCGGAAUUGCAAAACAGGACGUGUGAUGGGUUAAUAUGGCUAGAGUUGAAAUGGAGAGAUCAGAAGAAGGCAUCAGUGCUGCAAACUAUCCAUACACUCUUGCUUUUCUUGAAAAAAUUAUCUAUACACUCUUGCUUUUCUUGA